GCCGCCCGCAGUGUGUCAUGUUUGGUGGGCUGGCCCGACUUCGCGGAGGAGGGCCUGGCGCGCCAGGCCCGCAUGGAUUUGGUGACUGCUACCACUUGGUUGUGAUGCGUGAACAUAGUCUGCACAUCUUUCAGUGCACGCGACGGCGGUGUCGUUGCUAUCCGAGUAGCAUUCUCCAGGCGUCGACUGGACCUACGAAUCGUAGCCCUCCAUGUACUCUCCAUCAUCCCCUCCCAUCGCCCCACCACCUGGACUUUGAGCCUUGGCAGCAGCUACCACUCGACACGCUGACGAACGUGUGGUUACCCUACCAGACGCAUGGCCAAGCCGUUGCCACACGACGCAGCGACGUGAUCUUGCGGUGGGCAGACACAGAGACGGGCUGGUUGAGCUUCAGCCACAAUCAAGCGCGUGGAGAAUUCCUCGACUACAUCCAGCGACUUUACGGCCACACUCUCGUGAUUGACCACCUGGACUUGGAUGAGCCAUCCAACCUGCCUGCAGACAACACGACAGUUCUUGAUCGAAACUGGUCAUUUUUGACGAACAACGGCGGCGGUGACGAGCCCAAGCCGACGAUGUGUCCACAGCCCCCUCCUGCACCAGUCCCAACAAAGACAGAAGCACAUCUUGAUCCUGCUCCCGGGCUGGUAUUUGGAGACCGGCACUCGAGCGCGUAUGAAGCCACCCUCUUGACCCUAUAUAUGCAAUUGCCAGAGUACAAUGCCCUGCCAAGCCACAAAGUGACCGUGGCCGACGAGGGGCUAGCAGUGGCCUUGCUUGCUCAAGUCAUGCACGGAAUAUCGUUGGCCCUGGAAGGCAAUACGUUCGGGAUGCCGUUGUUGACGAUGGUCGUGGAGGGAGCAAUCUGUUUAGAUCGGAUCGACCUCCAUGCGCUUUGUCUCGUCGGUGUCGCGCUUGCCGAGUGCCGCGGCCAGCGAUUUACAGCCGCCUUGGCCCACAUCGAAACGUCCUAUCGGUUAAGCUGGGAAAGCGGGCACGACGUGGGCUGCUUCAUUGCGAGUGUCGGCCAAUAUGACGUGCACUGUGCCCAAGCGGCGUGGGACUCGGCUUACGCGAGCUUGCGGCGCGCUCAAGUGUACGCCCCAGCCAAAUACAAACCCAUGGUACACUCCAAAGUGCAAGCGCUGCAUAGCCGCAUGCAAGGCAAAGAUGCGCCUCCUUCCGAGGCGAUCCACGGCUGGCGCCGAGUGCUAUCCCCACGGCGAAGCUCUGACGACUUGAUCGCGUCCAGUUUGAAACCUCCCCAUUCGUACUUCACCACAGCCCUCUUGGACGAAGUGCCUGUGGCGGACUUGAUGUUUCCCUCGUCGUCCUCCACGUCUGUGCUCGUCAAAGUGAGCCCCCACCGCCAAUAUCGCAUGGCGUACGAGCCACAGUGGACGGUGCAUGACUUUUUGAGCCACCUUGUGGCACGCCACGAGCAUACUGUCCAGCAAAAGAGCCACCACUUGCCGCAGCCUCCGUCUGCAAGUCACAAUUCGUGCAUAGUUGGGCUGGUUUUUGACGUGCCCUCGCACCACCACUCGGACGACCAAGUGCUCGGGCUGCGGCAACCCUUUGCGGCGGUCUUGGCAGCAAGUCCCAGUUCCAAUCGAUUCCGAGCGAUUCUAGCUGAUCGUCCUGUGAUGCCAGCCGUGGCGAGUGGAGUCACAGUCGCGUGCACGCUUUGCCAGCGCCAGAUCCCCCUCGAGCAAGUCGAGACGCAUUCGCACGAGUGCUAUUAAGUGCAGCAGCUGCAGUUCACGGCUUCGAGUGGGCGACCAGCUUUGGCCACGGCAUAACCACAUGAAAAGAAUCAACUUAUCGUGGGUUUUUCUUGAAUAUG